CCACCUAUAUUAACUUUAUCGACUCAAAAAGUUCUCUUGUUAAAAAAGGCGUUUAAAACCUGAUUAAAAAUGGAUUAUAAUAGCACUAUUUUAAUCAGAUUCUUCAGCCUUAAAGGUCACACUUUUUGAUUUUGCUCUAUUCUAAUCGAUUACUAAAAUUAUACCAAUCACAACUGAUUAUUAGAAAUUGAUUUUAAUUGAUUAAAUUUUGUUAACUGACUUUAAUAGAUUAAAGAGACUGUAAAAUCAUAUAAAAUCUGGUCUUUAAGGCUGAAAAAUCUAUUCAAUACCAGAUUAAAAUUGUGGCAUUAAAAUCGAUUUUUAAUAUGUUUUGUAAACGAAUUUUCUUUUUAGAAAAUCUGAAUGUAAAAGUUUCGUCGAAAUUUUCAUCAACUGAUCUUACGUUAGAUUCAGAUUCUUGAUACUCAGAAACCUUUGGUAAAACUCUAUAAUAAUGCGUCGUGUAUCUAAAAGCAUUGCUCGUUGCGCACCCAAAAAUUAGGUUCAAAAUUGAUACCAGAUUCAGGUUGCUGAUCUGCGACAACUAUUAGUUAAACUUAAUAAUAAUUUGUUAAAUCUUUGAUAUUCUUCAUCCGUAGCAGAAAAUUAUACAAAAACAUUUUUAGAAACUGGCCUUCGAUUUAGAUUUCGAAUCCUCAAAAAGCAUUGGUCAAACUUUAUAAUAUUCGUCAGAUCUCUAAGAUCGCACAUUUCGGGUCCGAAAAACUAACCCAGUUUAGUAAUGUUAAACUGAUACUGAUAGGGAAGGGCAGUUAUCGUUAUUUUACCAAGUAACUGGUAACUGUGGUACAUUUUUCGUUCUCAGGUAAGUAGCUGACUGCUGACUGCCCACCCCUGUGCUCUACAGACGAGAACAUACCAUUACGUAGCGAAGUCACUGGUAACUGGUCAGUUAUCAGCUAAUUGGUACCUUAUGCCGGUAACGUAACUGUUCGGUUUAUUCUGGAAUUCAUCGAAAUAGCUUGGAAAAUUCCAUAAUAUUUUUCUAUGUAUUUUUAUCAUAUUAUAGUAGUACUAGAACCUGUGACAACUGUUCGUGCAAAAGAAACGCUGAAAGAAGUAUAUCAAGCAAAUACACUAGGGAACAGUACUGCAUCAAGUGUAACAACGAAAGUUAAUAUAAACAUUAGUCAAUUAUCUCCUUCAUCUGACAUGGAAGAUGGAAUUAGCUUCAGUAUCGACGAUUUCUAUGGCAAUGAAGAAGUCUUCCAAAUUGACGACGAUGCUGAAGAUAGUUGA